UCCGCAGCAGCAGCUGGCCAUGGCCUCAGGGACUGGAGGGAGCUGGGGUCAUGCCUCAGCCCAGUGUGCAGCCACGACGCCCUGGGUGACCAUUCUACAGCCCCUCCCGUGGGCCAUCCCAGCUCCGUCCCCACAGCUGGGCAGCGUGAAGGAAGACCUGCUGGAGCUGAUGAUGCUGCAGAAUGCACAGAUGCACCAGCUGCUUCUGAGUGGCCAGGUGGCAGCGGUGCUCAACCAGGUGCCGCCCUGGCCCUGCCCGCAGGUUUCCUGCAGUGUAUCCCGCAAGGGACUGCAGGUCGUAGAGGCCCUUUUGUGCCGUGUAUCUGGAGACAUAUGGAGACAUUUUGAGAAUGUCUCAAAAUCGAGAAUUUCGAGAAACAGAGUGGGGGCAGGGAGAGCUGGAUCCUGUCUCAUCCGCCCUCCCCUUCUGCACAAUCCUCAGGUCUACCUGGAGGGUCAACGAGCGAGUGAGGAGGAGGAGGCGGCGGACAUGCAGGAGGAGGGGCCUUUGGUGGUCCACCACCACUACCUGCCCUGGCCCACGCCCGUCCUGGGCGCCCUGCAGCCCUGGCCAGCCCCCCUCCUCUCCCCUCCCCUCCAUCAGCCCCACUCGCAGGACGCAUCCAGGAUUCAGCACCGCCCUCCUGCCUCUGAGAAAAGGGGGCCGAGAGCCGUGCCCCCACCCCCGCCCCCCAGUGCCACAGGGACUGUGGGUGCCGAGGUACCCCCAGCUUCAGACUACUACGAUGCCGAGAGCCUACAGUGAGGACAGAUGCUGGCCUGGGUUCACCACUGGCUUGGAAACAGCCUCAGAACCCCUGCGUGUCCCUCUAGAGCCUGCCAACCCUGGACCUACGCCUGGCAACCCUUCUUUUCCCACUCACCC